AUGGCUCAACAAGGCUCUAGACUACAAGGCAAAGUCGCCAUUGUCACCGGUGGAGGCUCAGGCUUCGGGGCGGCCAUCGCGCGCCGUUUCAGCGAAGAAGGAGCCAAGGUGAUCGUGACCGACAUCAACGUCGAGGGCGGCGAAAAGGUCGCAGCCCAGAACCCAACCAAUCUCAUCUUCCAGCGCAUGGAUGUCACCCAGGCCGCCGACUGGGAGGCCGUUUUGGACGUGGCGUUCUCCAAAUUCGGGAGGCUAGACGUGCUGGUCAAUAAUGCGGGGACGACAUAUCGCAACAAGCCCACGGUGGAAGUGACCGAGGACGAGUGGGAGCGCGUCUUCCAAGUGAACGUCAAGAGCAUCUACCUCGCUGCCCAGACGGCCAUACCACGACUGAUCCAGCAAGGCCACGGCGGAUCGAUAGUCAACAUCUCCUCGACGGGGGCUACUCGGCCACGACCGGGUCUGGUGUGGUACAAUGCCUCCAAGGGUGCCGUCACCAAUGCUACCAAGGGCCUCGCCGCCGAGUACGGGCCUCAUAACAUUCGCGUCAACAGUGUUGCGCCUCUUCUCUCGGGCACUGGACUCUUCUCCAUGUUCACCGGCAUGGAAGACACCCCUGAGAACCGGGAGAAGUUCAUUGGCAAUGUGCCGCUGGGCCGGCUGACGGAGGCGGAUGAUAUUGCGAACAUGUGUCUGUAUCUGGCGAGUGACGAAGGACGGUUCAUCAAUGGGACGGAGAUGGUGGUGGAUGGUGGGAAGUGCAUCUAA